CUACACAAUGAAACUGAUAUGAUAAACUAACGUCUACUUUCUUUCCUUCUGAUUUCUGAUCCUGGCGGGACGUUCUGGUCGGUCCUCGUUAUGGCGGAAUUAAAGAUGCUUUUACAGCUUUCGCUCUUGGUUACCAUAGCAACAUUUGUGUCUGGAGACUUCGUCAUAGCCACCUCUGGCGACAAAUACUCCAUCAGCAGCAACAAUGUCACCUGGCUCCAGGCAGCGCCGUCAUACUUCUACGGGAACGGCAAACGUUACUCCACAGCCGACGGCACAUUAGUUAUGAGGGAAUGGUACAUCCUCAAGUAGCGGUAUGGACAAACUUGGUCCCUGGCAGGACAUGCACUGGAACUACAGGGCAGAUAACUUGACCUUCAAAGCGAGCAUGAAGACUUACCAAACUGACCAGCUUCCUCUUGUAAUUUUCUCACAGAAAUACUUGAAUAAAACCACAGGGACCAGAUCCCCAAACUCCAACUUCACAAUAAGCGGAUUUCCAAGUUUCCACGUGACAGACCUCAAAGACAUCGUGGGUUAUCUUUCUUUUGGCGGGCAGAUGAUGGGGGAUUUCAACAAAAAGAUGGGCAUGUGGAGUCCCCAGACUCUAGACGUGAAUGGAGGACUCGGUGGUGGUCCUCUGGUAAUGUUUGACAGACACGGCAACACCAUCAUCAUCCAAGCCUUCACCAACUUCAUGGCGGUGUCCAUGUACUACGAUGAGACGACGUCAACAAUCAACUGGGGAAUUAUGGGAGACGUGGACACGGUGCCCGCUGGAUUUGAAAUCAACGUAGUUUUAUAUCCCACUGACAAAGGUAUCAAUAAGGCAUUUGAGGACCUAGGAAUGCGCAUGCGGUAUUGGUACGACAAAACCGAUUACUUCAAGAAGUUGGAUAAAACCCUCAAUUAUCUUGGUUACUGGACCGAUAAUGGCGCCUACUACUAUUACCACACCGAAGACAACACCACGGACUACGAGCAGACACUGAUCGACGUCAAGUCCUACAGCGACCAGAUUGGGAUACCAUACAAAUACAUGCAGUUGGACUCCUGGUGGUACUACAAAGGCCCUCAAAACGGUGUGACGUCAUGGACAGCAAUGCCGAAGAUAUUCCCUAAUGGUCUCCAGUUCCUUCAUAAAAAGCUUGGUCUUCCGCUGGCUGCCCACAACAGAUACUGGUCCCGCAAUGCAACGUAUGCCAAACAAAAUGGCGGGAAGUACAACUUUAUUGAAGGGCAACUUAUGGCUUUACCUGAUGACCAGUCUUUCUGGAAUGACUUGUUGAAAACAGCUAAAGGCUGGGGUCUGAUACUUUACGAACAGGACUGGCUGAAUGCCCAGCUUAUAGGACUACAAGCCUUGCAAGAUGACCUCACACUUGGUCAACGGUGGCUGGAGCAGAUGGGGAAAGGUGCACUUAAGAAUAACGUGACCAUCCAGUACUGCAUGUCCCUACCUAGAGAAGCCCUACAGAGUCUGAUGGUGCCCACAGUUACACAGGCACGGGCUAGUGACGACUACCAGCUGCUAGAUGACCAGUGGAAGAUCGGCAUCACGUCACUCUUCGCCUACUCGAUGGGACUCGCCCCUUCCAAGGACACAUUCUGGACAACGGAAAUACAGCCCGGAAACCCAUACGACAGAACAAAUGGAUCUCACACUAAACCAGGAGAUGUGUCUAGAAGUAAAAACGCAACAGAGCCGUACCCUAUCAUACAGACUAUAGUGGCUGUCCUCAGUACAGGGCCUGUUGGACCCGGCGAUAUGAUCAACGGCACAGACAAGGAUCUCCUAAUGAGAUGCUGUAACGAUGACGGGCUGAUACUGAAACCUUCCCGGCCGGCGACUGCUAUAGACGAUCAGAUAGUUGAAGCCGCAUUCCAAGAUGGCAGUGGGCCUGACGGUGAGUUGUGGACUACCUACACACAUUUUGAUGACGUAGACCUCAGAUUCGGAAUCAUCUUUGCUGCAAAUACGUCCACCCCAUACAACAUCACACGCCGAGCGGCCGACGUCAUCUCCUUCCUUGAUAAGUACCAGAGGAGCAAAAUAUUUCUGGCAAAUGAUACGAGUACGAUGGUGGACUUUGACGACCUACAGCCCUUCACUGUCCCCGCAUGUAGCCUUGACGAUGACCCGUACUACUGCCUCUACUACACCUCGCCGGUCAUCAGUGUGGGAACAACGGAGGUGGUCAUUAUCGGUGACCUGAACAAAUGGGUGCCAAUGUCCCCGCAGAGGGUGUUCAAAAUAUGGGUGACGGACUCUGCAGUGGCCUUGACCUUGAGAGGCACGCCAUCGGAGGUAGUGACGCUUUCCUACACCGUUGACGGUAAUCUGACGUCAGAAUCGAAAACCUCCAGUUCCACUGGAUGCUCAAACUUCCUUCUUUACGAGGAGACCGGAAGUAGUUUUACCUUCCCAUCCAGCCAGGACUGCACAUGGGAUAUAACAACAACAGUUGCACCUCCGACGCCGCCAGCAACAACGUCUACUCCACCGCCGAAGACAAUGUCGACAACGCCGAAGACACCGAAGAAACCCACAACACCAAUGACAAUAACGACUACCCCCUCCGGAUCGACGACGUUGACAGGGCUAGUGAGCAGUGUUCUAGCAGCCUUGUUGGUGAUGACAGUUCUGCACUGAACGAGGACUAAUCGCUGCAUUCCAUCAUGGGUUUUUAUGAAUGUGCUGAAUAAAAUAUCGUAAAACCA